AUGGCGGUGAACAGAAUAAGAGGCGCUUUCGCGGUGCCGAGGAAGGGAGAGACGUUCGAAUUGAGAGCAGGCUUGGUGUCUCAAUAUGCAUAUGAACGGAAAGAAGCCAUUCAAAAGACCAUCAUGUCCAUGACCCUGGGCAAGGAUGUGUCGGCGCUAUUCCCUGACGUGCUCAAGAACAUCGCGACCGGCGAUCUCGACCAGAAGAAACUGGUGUAUCUAUACCUCAUGAAUUAUGCGAAAUCACAUCCCGACCUUUGUAUCCUAGCUGUCAAUACAUUCGUCCAGGACUCGGAAGAUCCGAACCCACUGGUUCGCGCGCUCGCUAUACGGACAAUGGGCUGUAUUAGGGUAGAGAAGAUGGUCGACUACAUGGAAGAGCCCUUACGGAAAACCCUCAGAGACGAAUCACCGUAUGUCCGGAAAACUGCAGCUCUUUGUGUCGCAAAGCUGUACGAUUUGAACCCUGCAAUGUGCAUAGAGAAUGGCUUCAUCGAACAACUGCAAGAGAUGGUCGGCGACCCAAACCCUAUGGUGGUUGCCAACUCGGUGACAGCGCUUGUUGAAAUACAGGAAACCAGUCCGGAGACGAAGGCAUUCACCAUCACUGCCGUAACGCUGAAAAAGAUGCUGAUGGCCCUCAACGAGUGCACAGAAUGGGGUCGCGUCACGAUCUUGACCACUCUUGCCGACUACAAAGCGCAAGAUAUCAAAGAGGCGGAGCACAUUUGCGAAAGGGUUUCACCUCAGUUCCAGCAUGUCAACCCGAGCGUGGUGCUCGCUGCUGUAAAAGUCGUCUUUUUGCACAUGAGACAUAUUCCUGCAGAGCUUACCAAGUCGUAUACGAAGAAAAUGGCGCCACCGCUAGUCACGCUCAUAUCCUCCGCACCCGAAGUCCAAUAUGUUGCGCUCAGGAACAUCGAUUUGAUCCUCCAGAAGCAGCCCGACAUUCUGAGCAAAGAAAUGCGCGUAUUUUUCUGCAAGUACAAUGAUCCGCCCUACCUGAAGCUGCAGAAACUCGAUAUCAUGGUACGGAUAGCGAAUGACAAGAACGUCGACCAGCUGCUUGCGGAAUUAAAGGAGUACGCCAUGGAAGUGGACAUGGAUUUUGUCCGACGGGCAGUCAAGGCGAUUGGCCAAGUGGCCAUAAAGAUCGAAAGCGCAAGCGAAAAAUGCGUAAACACUCUUCUAGAUCUGAUCAACACCAAAGUCAACUACGUCGUACAGGAAGCGGUUGUAGUAAUCAAGGAUAUAUUCCGAAAAUAUCCCGGCUACGAAGGCAUCAUACCGACUCUUUGCCAAUGUAUUGAUGAGCUGGACGAGCCAAAUGCCCGAGCAGCUCUCAUUUGGAUCGUGGGCGAAUAUGCCGAGAAGAUCAACAACGCUGGCGAAAUACUUACUGGCUUUGUGGAUACCUUUGCGGAAGAGUUUACUCAAGUACAACUUCAAAUCCUCACUGCGGUUGUCAAGCUUUUCCUGAAGAAGCCGGAUCAGUCUCAAGGUUUGGUGCAAAAGGUCCUCCAAGCAGCAACAGCGGAGAACGACAACCCGGAUAUUCGCGAUCGAGCAUACGUCUACUGGCGACUUUUGUCCAGCGAUCCUCAAGUCGCAAAGAAUAUCGUCCUCUCCGACAAACCUGCAAUAACCAGUACCAUACAAGCUAUGCCGCCCCAGCUACUAGAGCAGCUUCUUGCGGAGCUCUCAACGCUCGCUUCGGUGUACCACAAACCCCCGGAGGCUUUCCUCGGCCAGGGUCGGUACGGUGCAGAAGCUAUGCAAAGAGCCGCUAUCGAGGAACAACAAGAAAAUGCACGCGAGAACCCGAUUGCUGCAGAUGCUGUCGCAGCGGCGGCUUCUGGAGGCCAGGCACCACCUCAAUCAAACAUCGAAAACCUACUCGAUAUCGAUUUCGACGGCUCUGCACCUGCAUCAUUACAGAAGCAGCCUGCUGGCGGCGAAUCAGGAUUAGAAGGUCUGGCUGGUACGCCUCAACGUGUUGCUUCACCUGCAGCAGGGAACGCUGCGCCUACAUCGAAUAUGGACGACCUGCUAGGUCUCUUCGGAGACGGUGGUGGAGGAGGGGCAGCACCUGCUGCCCCCAUGACCAACGACGACAUCAUGAACGGCUUUGCGGGCAUGGACAUAUCUGGAAACAACCAACCUCCGCCGCCACAACAGCAAUUGGGCGGACAAUCUGCACCAAAGAGCAACCAGGAUUUGUUGGAUUUGUUCUAG